GGGUUCGAUUUCUUUUCAGUGCGUUUUCUUUCUUUUCUUUUACGUAAUUGCUGCUACUCUUGGGUUUAAGUAGCUUAGGAUUUUGUUCACUUGCUUCUAUCUGUAUCUGCUUGAUGAAGUUUUCAAUGUGGUAGAGCAUCCACUUCAACCAACACAAAGUGAAGGUUAUGUCCGAUUUGAGGGAGAUGGCAGAAUCAGUAUCUUCAAACCCUAAUUCUGAGCUUCCACAACGUCGUUGGGUUCCGCCGCGUCCGUCUAUUCGAGUGACGACCGAGUACGAUAGCGACACGUCUCUUUUCUUCCACAAGGUAUCCUGCAAGUUGUUCGACAACCUUGCCAAGCUUAAGCUGUCGUUUCAGAACAACAGCAAGGGACAUGUCUCUGACCCUCAGUUGAGCUUCAUUUCCAAACGCAUAUCCUGCCACUACGACCUCCAUGAACACAAUGCUCUCCUCAAUGGCUCUUUUGAUAUUGCACCUGGUUUGCAGAUCACUGCCGCUCAUGAUGUCAAGGCGCAACUAGGACAAGUGACGAUGGUUGCUGAUCUUGCUCCUUCUUGCAAACUCGAGUUGACUUCUCUCCUUCCAUCUGUUGGUUUGCCAAAAGCAGCCUUAAAAUUUCCCUUUGGUGAAGUGUCAUUUGAGGAGAAUGAGGAUCAGGAAGAGGAAGAGGAAGAGGAGGUGGAUGCAGCUCCAAAGUUAGCAUUUAGUGGAAUACUUAAAGCUCAAGUUCAUAAGGGAAUUCUCAAUGCUCAGUACAGGGAAGAUAUGUUGAAUUUAAGAUACUCCUUCAAGGAUGAACAAACAACCUUCAUCCCAAGCAUUUCUCUGCCUUCAAAUGCAUUAUCCGUCUCCUUCAAGCGUCGCUUUAGUCCUUCUGACAAGUUGAGUUAUCUGUACAACUUCGAUACAAAUUACUGGAGCGCUGUAUAUAAACACACGGUUGGCAAGGACUACAAAGUGAAAGCUGGUUAUGACUCAGAAAUACGAUUAGGUUGGGCAUCUAUCUGGGUUGGUGAUGAAGAUGGGAAGGCAAAAACAGCACCAAUGAAGACGAAGGUGCAAUUGAUGCUCCAAGUACCGAAAGAUGAUAUACAAUCAUCAGCCUUGAUGUUCCGUGUGAAAAAGAGGUGGGACAUUUAGUUGCCUUCACAAGUUGGUUGUUCUUCAACGUCCCCGGCCAUCCAUCAUAGGCUGGCUAAUCUCUCCAACUGUGUAAUGAAUGAACAUUUUGUGUAUCCAUAAUACUUUCCUCCAACUCACUUAGAGACGAUGGGUUUAAAUGUUUAUGAUUUUGUUUUUAUUAAUUAAUGUUGGGCAUUGUGUUCAAUAAACCUUGAUUAAUUACUAGCCAAUUUUCUAAUAUGAAGAGAGACUGAUGACUA